AUGCUUGGACAUGGAUGUAGGUGGCGAGGGAACGUGCGCUCCUGCUUCUACUUUCUUGCCAGUUGCCACAGCUUUUGCAACAGCACAACACCAACAACGGGCGCCACAGUCCACGACCAUCACCAUGCCGUCCAUACACACAUCCAACACGUCAGAAGACCGACAACGAGCACCACAGCCGGCGACAAUCACCAUGCCAUGCCGUCCAGAGAACGCACAUCCGAAACAUCGGACCCAAAGGCACGCUCACAUGACAGCCCCAGGGCCCGCCCUCGCGACUCACGCCGAACAGCCCUUCCACCUGCUCAACCUCCCACUUUGCAAAGCUCAGCCUACAUCUUCAUCGCGCAAACACUGUUCACCAAAUCACAUACCGUCACAUACAGACUGCCAGCACACCCUCGCCCAACACUCGAAAGACUCGGUGACUGGUUCCGUUCAUUGGACGCCUUGUAUCGGACACAUCUUCGUGGCGUCUCGGUCAAAAUUGACGACGGGUGGAUGUCAUCCUCCGAGUGGGCUAAUAUGGCGUGGGAAUUGUGGAAGGUGGCUGACAGCAUGCCAACCUCAACCCCCAACACCGAGCAGAAGCCGUUCCAACUCCUCGAUCUGCCGCCCGAGAUCUGGAGCGAUAUUGCAAAGCGCAUAGUCGACAACCUUGACAUCGUCACCUGGAACGACAUCAUCUUGAAAAGAUCACCCGCCGCGCCUGCUGUAGCUCAGACAUGUCAGGCACUCCGCACAGAGGUACUGCCGUACUACUACAAGAACAAGAUCUAUAUCAGGAUGACUAGCGCAGACACGGAGAGAGGUCUGACGAAGGUGGGAGACUGGUUCGCUAGAGUGGCUGAAGACCAUCUGAAGUACGUCGGUGGUGUGGUGGUCAGAGAUGUCACUCGAGUAGAGCGCAACCCGCCUUUAGGAAGGUUGCAUGAACGCGACUCCCAUGUAUGGAACGAACGUAUUGAGAAGCUUUGGUCAUCGUCGAUUGGAUUCGAGCUCGUCUUGUGGAGGGAGGUUGAGGGUGAAGACAGGAUCUACGAUGUUCAGUUCUGGUGA